AUGGAGGCUGUGGUAGGUUUGAUUGUGGUGGAGGCUAUGGCGUUGGCGUCGGAGUGGGUCUCACAGAAGAAGGCAAAAAGAGAAAGGAAGAAGCAGCGAGGUGUUCCAUUUUUGGGUCUGGGAUUUGAGAAAAAAAGUUGGACGGAAAUUGGAAUGGCUAUUUCCGAUCCGAUCCGGCUGAAUUACAGGCCUAUAAGAAAUCCAAUCAUGGAGAGAGAGGAGAGUUUGAAGGAGAAAAAAAUGGUGAGAGGGAAGAGUUUUCCUUUUGUGUAA